AGGGUGACCGCAACGGGCGCCCGAAUGCUGGAGGUCCCAGGAGCGGCCAGUGGGCCCGCCGCGGACGCCCUAGCCGAGAGGCUCAGGGCGUCCAUAAAUGCGGAUGAUGCCCGAGUCUCCAGGCCCUAUAAGUGCGCGGAUCUGCGCAUCAUGGGCCUGGACGACUCAGUUACUGCGGAGGAGGUGGUGGCCGCCGUCGCUAGGACGGGUGGGUGUUCCGCCGGCGAAGUUAAGGCGGGCACCAUACGUCCUGACUUCAGGGGCACGUGCACCGUUACGGUGAACUGCCCCGUGGCGGCGGCCAAGACCAUAGUCGACGGCCGUAGGUUGCUGGUUGGUUGGGUGUCGGCACAGGUCAAGUUGCUGGACCCUAGACCCCUGAGGUGCUUCCGAUGCCACGUCGGGCAUCAUGUAGGUGUUCGUUGCACCUCGGAGGUCGACCGCAGCGCCCUCUGCUUCCGCUGCGGUCAGCCCGGACACAAGGCCGUGUCUUGUAAUGCCGCGCCGCACUGCAUUGCAUGCGCGGCUGCUGGCAAGCCGGCCGAACACCGGGCAGGGAGCAAGUCCUGUGCCCCACCCGCCAAGACCACCGUGUUGGUUGUUGCUAAUUGUUCCUUCGUCACCGUCGCGACAUUUGAUCCUCCUGCUGCCGUCUGGGCUACUAUUACUUCUUCUUUGGACGUCGUGCUUCCCAUGGCGUUUCGAUAUUGUCCAACCGCUCUCGCAGGGUCUCGCAGGGUCUCGCAGGGUCUGCUCGAAUCACAAGAUCCGUUCGAAUGGCAGGGUCCGUUCGAAUGGCAGGGUCCGUUCAAAUGGCAGGGUCGCCAUGUGAUGUUGGGCUUGCCAACCUUCCGACAGGCAGGGUCCUUAGGUGUUGAUGAGGGUAGACGUGUUAAUAAAACAACAGAACUACAUGUCUAG